AUGUCUACUCAGUGCUUGCCUUUCCUCCGUCCCCGGCCCGCCCGGGGCACUGCAGCGGUGGUGGCCGCGCCCCUCCUCAUUCUAGUGCUGGCGGUAGCAUCCACGGUGUUCCUCGCCGAGGCGGGGUACCACUACUGGAAAAUAUACUUAUUGGAGCUGUUCGACGCGCUCCGCCGCACGUUGUGCGACAACCCGCCGAUACUGGAGUUCGAGGGCCACAGGUACCUAUCCAUCAAGGACGCCGAGGACGGAACCCCGCCGGCGAGAACCAUAAAGCUCCACCUCGCCGGCUGCUCCGACGAGGACCGCGUCACGCUGGCGCUCUCGGACGCCGACGCCGGCGUGAUGGCCUUCGCCGACGGCGCCGGGCUCUGGCACGCGUUCCCCGGCUUCGAGCCAUUCUUCCCCAACUCGACCACGCUCCCCUUCAACGCCUCAUACGACCACCUCAUCGGCGGCCACCAGAACCUCCCCGCGGUGCCUCUGGGGAGGGCGUCGGCGCUGGAGGCGAUCCGGGCGCUCUCCCGCCCGGGCGCGACCCCGGAGCCCGGCGCCGAGGCAGCGGCGCUGGUCAGGCUUUUGAUGGUCAUGACGUCGGAGUCGCUGCGGUGGAAGCCGAUCCGCGAGGCGUUCAGCGGGGAUUGGGAGAGCGAGACCUUCAUCACCACGGAGCAGGCUGAGCUCGUGCCGCGCUGGGUGGACCUGUCGUACCUCGUGUUUCGGUGGGAGGCGACUGGCGCGUGA